UUAUCCUAGUUCACAUUAAAAACAUUGCAUCUUCUUCUCCUCUCUUCUCUUUGAUUGGGUUGCCCCCUUUUUAUAAUCUCUCACCACUCAUUUCUUCCUCAUAACUCCUAUUCACCAUCGAUUUCCCCCUUUUUUCACAAACCCUAAAAAAACAUAUAACCUCGUUCAGCCCCCGAUUCUAUCGCAUCACUUUCUUCUCUCAUCAAUCCAAUCCAUCUUCUUAAUAAUCGAGUACCUAAUUAGAGAGAAUCGAUUAUUAAAGCCCUAAUUUUUUAUUGUCUUAUUCCUAUGUUUUUAAUCAGUAUUUGGGUUUGAGGGAAUUCGUCGAUUUUCCUGUGAUUUUUUUAUAUAAUUUUUUGUUUUGUAAAGAAAAUUAGGUGUUUUUAUUAAAAUCCCUUUUGAUUUUUAAUCUGUUUUGUGAAAUUUGAUAUCUGGGUUUGACGUUUGUCGUCGUAAAUUUUAGGGAUUGUUGUUUUUUCGGUGAUUUUGAUAGUUUGGGAAGAAAUAAACUUGUUGUAGAUCCUUUACUCGAAACCCCAGAAUUUUAAAUUGUUGAAAGAUAUAUUCUUCUGUUGAAAUUGCUGAAAAAAUAAGUUAUUUGGCUGUAAAAUUUGACCUCAAACGUUGAAGAAGAGAGAGAAAAAUGGUGGGUGGAGGAAACAGGAAGAACGAGGCUUCAAUUACCAUCAACAACUCGAAUGUUUUCGCCGCGCUCGAUACGCUAAGGAAGAAGAAGAACAAGGACAAGAGCAAGAGUAGCAGCAGUAAGAGCUCUAAGACUCCUUCAAAGGAGCAGGAGGAGCCUCAGGUUUUCUGGCAACCUGCCCCUUUGAAUGCUAAGUCUUGGGCCGAUGUUGACGAUGAAGAUGACGAUGAUUACUACACCACCACGGCUCCGCUGCCGUCCGUGUGGGGCGCCCCCACUUCUCAGACUGGCAGCGAGGCCGCUGCCCCGGCAGAGGAGAGUGAAAGUGAAGACGAUAUGCUUGACUUAGGUGAUGAAGAGGUUGAGGAUGAGCAUGAGCAUGAGCAUGAGCAUGAUCAUGAAACAGAGGCUCCUGUACAUUCAGAGCCAGUGGUCAAGAAAGCUCCUGAAACUCCUGCGCCAAAAGAAACCGAGAGACAGCUAUCUAAGAAGGAAAAGAAGAAGAAGGAACUCGAGGAGCUAGAAGCCCUUCUUGCUGAUUUUGGAGUUCAAAGCAGCAAUGGUCAAGAUGCUGCACAAGAGAAGAAAACAGAGGAGCUUAAGAAAGAAGGUGAUUCAGAGAAUGGGGAGAAAAAGGAUAGUGGUGCUUCAGAGCCUAAGAGCGCAAAGAAGAAGAAGAAGAAGGACAAGGCAUCCAAGGAAGCUCAAGAUCAAACAAACAGCUCGGAGGCCACUGCUCAGCCAAAUGAUACGGCUGGAACAGAACAGCCAGAGGAGGACGCAUCCUCGCUUGAUGUCAAAGAACGCCUGAAGAGAGUGGCUGCUUUAAAGAAGAAGAAAUCAAGUAAAGAGAUGACUCCGGUGAAAGCUGCUGCAUCGGAAGCUGCUGCGAGGAGUGCAAGGCUUGCUGCUGCAAAGAAGAAGGAGAAGAACCAUUACAACCAGCAGCCUGUGCGGUAAACCUUCGAUGUUCUUUUUGUAUACAGGUCAAGGUAUUCCCUUUUGGUCGUUCAUUGCUGGUGCACAAAUAAACUCUUGGGGGAUCUGCUCUGCUUUUGGAUGGAAUUUCUUUUGCUCUGGACAGCCUUGUUUAUGUAGUCAGGAAAAUUUCUCCAUUUUUGGCUUCUGAGGUCUUUACUAAAUCGCUUAGUUAUAAUGUGAUACCAAUUUGGAACCAGUUUUUUAUGAUAACCUUUUGCUAAAUGUUACUUAAACUUGGUGGAGCAGAUGCGGGUAAUGUACAUUGGAAGCCAUUUUUGCGAAUGCUUGUGAUUUGAUGUUUGACCUUUAUAGUCCUGUUCUGAUGUGUAAUUUUCUCUGUUUGUUUGCAUCCUUUAGUACAUAACCAGUAUUAGUGAUUCUGAGAAAAUGAAAA